AACGGAACUGACAAUCAGUGAGUGAUGACGUUCCCAGUUUUGAAUCAUGUAAACAAAAAUUGGAUGAAAGUUUCUGAGUAAUUUGGCUGGAUGAAUCCGAACUAUACUAGACUUUAUUCUAGCUCUUAGUCAAUUUGCUGAACGCAUACCACAUUCCAAAGUGGCGCAGUACGGUGGAGAUAGGAUGCGACGUUCUCAGGGCUACGCAUAUCAACCGCUAGCCCAGAACCCUGGCCCGAGCGGUCUCGGUAGCCAAAGUCAUGAUGCUCUGGAGGAAGAAAACGAACGGAUGGCCGAUGAGUUGAAGGGAAAAAUUGGUGCGCUGAAAUCACUGACGAUAGACAUCGGGAACGAAGUGCGAUAUCAGGAUAAGCUACUGCGUGGAAUCGAUGAGGACAUGGACCGAACGGGAGGGUUCAUGUCGAACACAAUCACGCGGGUCGUUCGGCUUGGGAAGGGAGGACACCGGAACUAUAUGUGUUAUAUGUUCUUGUUUGUAAUGUUCGUGUUUUUCGUUCUGUUUCUGAUACUGAAGUUAAGAUAGUAGGAAAACUGUUGGGAAAAUAUAUUUAAGCAAUUCUA